AUGGGUUAUGUUUCAGACAAAUUUAGAUUUACUCGUUUAAGAAUUUGCUUAUAAAUAUUUGAAAUGUGAUGUAGUUACAAUUUCAUUUAUUAGGAAAAGCUGUAUUUAAAAAUCACAGAAAUGAGUGGCGUUACUGACUAUGAAAAUAUUAAUUAUGGAAAUACUUUUGCUAGUUUAUUAGCACGAUUGUUGCUGCGACCAGAUGAAAAGAUCGAAUUGGAAGAACUAUUUACUUCAAUAACAAUUAAAUUUUGCGAUCUGCUUCAUCAUGCAGAAAUGAAUGACGAAAUAAUUUCAACGUUUGAAAGUGCCUUAGAAAUUUAUCCUGACAGUCCCAAUUUAUUAAAUGCUUUUGGAUGUAGUUUAGUUAGACUCAAUUAUUUGGAGCAGGCACUUACAAUAUUACAAUAUGCUAGUGAGUGUGAUAAAUCCAAUUUGAUAUGUGUUAGAAAUAUGAAUCAAAUCAAAGACAUGCUGGUAUCUCGAUGGCAUUUUCGAAUGAUUAAUGAUUAUAAAAGGAACAAUGCCUAUCGUGAAGCAAUUUUAAAACAUAUCAGUAAUGGGUAUGAUAUUAUUUUAGAUAUUGGCACUGGAACUGGCUUAUUAUCUUUAUUUGCCUCUGAAGGUAAAUUUAAAUCAAUUCAAGCAUGUGAAUAUUCCAAAACCAUGUUCAAUAUUGCAAAAAAUGUGUUUGUGGCAAAUCAUUGUGAGAGCAUUAAUUUAUUAAAUACUAGUUCGCUGGACAUUGAAGUAGAACAUUUUCCAAAAGUAUCAUUAAUAAUAACUGAAAUUUUUGAUUGUGGAAUUUUUGGAGAGAAUUUGAUUGAAAGCAUACAACAUGCUGCUCAGAAUUUAACACUACCUGAUUGGAAAAUAGUUCCUCAAGGAGUUAUUGUACAUAUUGCAGUAAUUCAAAGCAACACAAUAUAUAAAAAAUCUAGACUUGUUUAUUCAAAUAUCACUGGAUUAUUUGAUGUCAAAUUGUUAGCUCAUUCAGAUGAUACGGAUAUGUAUACUACUGAAAACUUAAGAUUCAUAAAAGAUGUUAGAUAUUUAACAGAAGUUCAAAUCUUAUAUGAUUUUGACUUGAAGUGUGCAAGUUUAAAAACUAGUCUGCAGAGUGAAAAAGAAAUGUCCCUGCAAAGCAUUAAAGAAGGCUAUGUGGAUGCAUUUGCAGUGUGGAUGACUUUAAAAUUAGACGAAGAAAACAUAAUAACUACAAGUCCAUUUAGUGAUAAUGAUUAUUGUUGUUGGGACCAGGCUAUAUUUUGUACAAAACAGCAAUUUAAAGUGGGGAAUGGAGAAUAUUUCUCUCUAAGAACUUUUUGCAAAGAUAUGUUAGUUAUUGAUCAUUAUUCCUUAGCUGCAGACACUAACAGUGUUCCUUUACCUGGUAAAGUAAUACAAUUUUUGAAUGAUAAAUUAUAUAUUGAAAUGUUAAUGACUAUUUUCUCGUACCUACAAACAAAUAAUAUUACCAUCUCAACUAUGUUAGAUUUAUCACCAUUUCCAAUAUUAGGAUUGUUAUUGCUAAAAGAAAAAAAAUGUGAUUACCUCAUAUGUAAUGAUUGUGAUAUAAAUGUUAAAUCUUUUAUAACUCUUGUUUCUCAUAUGAAUUCAAUAGAUAUAGAAAAAAUACAUUUUUGUGAUGUAGGUAAGAUAGAUAGUUCUACAACUUUUGAUAUCAUAGUAUUUAAUUGGGUGCAUGAAAGUGGAGAAAUAUCUGAUGAUUAUCUUAUACAAAUAGAUCUUAUUAAAUUUUUGAAUCCUGAAGGAUUAGUCAUACCUUAUCAAAUAAAUUUAAAUGGGAUUUUGGUUGACAGUAAAUGGUUAGACUUCAUUAGCACAGUAUCCGAUUCAAAUGUUAGAGGUUACAGAAUUGCAGAGUUUAUUAAUAAAUAUCAAGUUAAAACACACAUUAAUUUUAAGAUAGAUGAAAUAGAUUUCAUUUCAUGUAGUGAUGUUAUUGACUUAGGAAUUUUGAGUUUAAAUGAUAAUAAAAUCAAUAAAAUAGUUGUACCUGCAACAUGCGAUUGCAAUAUUAAUGGAAUUUUAUACUGGUAUGAGAUAAAAUUACUCAAAUCAGAUAUAUUUUAUACUACAAAGAAUUCUGAGAGCUAUAUUAAAAAUGCUGCUUUUAUUUUUGAACCAAUGACUUUGAAAACAAGUGAAAGUAUUACUUUGAAUGUGUUGCAAAGUGAUGGAAUACUGAAAAUUGAUGUUGAGAAAAGUAACAUCUAA